GGGCAGGGAGAGAGUUUGCCCUGUCAUUCAUGCAGAAUUAUGCUCCCAACUAUGACAGUCCCCAUUAUCAGCUAUACAUCACCGCCAUUCAGGCUGAUGCUAAAGUGACAGUGAAAGUGCCUCCCUUAAACUUCAAGCAAGAGAAAACUCUAAAGGCUGGAGAAAGGGUCACCAUCAGUCUCCCUCCUGGUGUGGAGAUGUACGGCAGCAAGAAGUCUCCCAACACGGUGCGCAUAGAAACCUCAGCAGAUGUAUCUGUCACCUCAUUUAACUCCAAGCAGUACACAGCAGACACCUCUGUUGUAUAUCCCACCACUGAAUGGGGUACUGAAUAUUUCAUCUUUACACCUGCUUCGUCCUCCUAUGGCUCCUAUAAAGAGUUCUCUGUGACAAAUGGAAAAGAGAGCAACAAAGUGGAGAUUUUCCCACGUGGCGCCAUCAUGUUCGAAGGUCUUGUCUAUGGGGUUGGCAGCCAAAUGGUGAUAGAUCUCAAGCCGUAUGAGAGCGUGCAGCUCCAGAGUGCUUAUGAACUUUCUGGUACCAGAGUUGCUUCCCAGCACCCUGUUGCUGUUGUCACUGGUCACACUUGCACCUGGCGCUUCUCCAAAUGUAACCAUGUUUAUGAGCAGCUGCUGCCAGUUAGCAGAUGGGGAUCCAGCUUCAUUGUGCCUCCCCUGACCUUCCAGAGCAAGUAUGACAGCGUCUUCCUUCAGGCCUCGCAGCCGACCAAAGCCACUGUCCACUACGGCAACCGUAAAGAAGUCUUUACUUUGGUCAGGGGGCAAAUAGUAGAGAUUCACUCCAAAAAUCCUGAAACACUGUCCAUUCAGGCUGAUCAUGGGAUCCAGGUUCUCAUGCUCUUCAACGGUGUCACAAGGAGCUGGCUCCAUUAUUAUGACCCUUUCCUGAUGGCCAUCUUGUCCAACGACCGCCUCUGCUCCUCUUACUCACUUGAGGCUCUGGAGGGCUUUGAAAACAAAGCUCUGAUAGUUGCACAGACCAGUGCGAUGUCAGAGCUGCGUAUUGAUGGUAAAAACCUGCCACGUAAUGUCGAGUGGAAGAAGGUUACAGGGACAGAUUUCUCUUGGGUGGAGAUGUCCUACCAGCAAAACCCCAGCAACAAUAAACACACGGUGUCCAGCUCUGGUUCCCGCUUUGCUCUCUAUAGUAUAGGAGUCAGCCAGAUGAAUGGUUAUGGUGCCCAAGGACAAUGUAUACAGCCAGGAAGUGGAUCUUUAUCCUGCAGUAGUAUCACCUGCAGUGCCAAUGAGGUGUGUGAAGUGAAGGGCGGGUUUCCCUCCUGUGUUCCCAAGGCCAUGGAAAGUAAGCCUGGCACCUGCUGGGCCAUGGGGGAUCCUCACUACCGCACCUUCGACGGGAGACGCUUUGACUUCAUGGGUACCUGCACAUAUGUUAUUGCUAGAAACUGUGGAAAGGAUGACCGUCUCCCAGACUUUGAGGUCCUUGCACAGAAUGAGAACAGAGGAAGCCUCAGGGUGUCAUAUGUCGCUGUGGUGACAGUGAAGGUUUAUGGUGUCAUCAUCACAGUCGUUCGGUCUGAGACGGGUCGUGUGAGGAUUGACAACAGUUUGUGGAGUUUACCAAUAAACUUAAAUAAUGACAAGCUGACGAUGUUUCAGAGCGGUCGCUCUUUGGUCAUAGAAACUGAUUUUGGCCUGACUGUCCGUUACGACUGGGAACAAAGUCUUGUGGUCGCUCUGUCCAGCAGUUACGCUGGAAAGACUUGUGGUCUCUGUGGCAACUUCAAUGAUAAUCCCAAUGAUGAUUUCACCACACCCUCCGGCACCCAGGCCAGUGGGGCUGUGGCAUUUGGGAGCAGCUGGAAGGUGCCGGUGAAAGGUGCUCUGUGCAGAGAUGACUGUGUGGGUGGAUGUGAGCGCUGUGAAAACAGCCUGAUGAAGAUGUGGGGGGGUGACAUGUUUUGUGGGCUCAUCACACUGAUAAUAAAUGGGCCAUUCAGCAAAUGUCAUGCCGUCAUUGACCCACAAGCAUACCUGGAGAACUGUAAAUAUGAUGUAUGCAUGGGAGGUGGCCUCCGAUAUUUCCUCUGCAGGGCACUGGAGGCUUACACUGAAGCCUGUCAGAUUGCUGGGAUCCAGGUUCAAGAUUGGAGGAAGACGGCACGAUGUUCUGCUAAAUGUCCAGCAAACAGCCACUACGAGCUCUGCGGCAAUGCCUGUCCUGCAACCUGUUCUGACCCAAAUGCUCCCUCCAAAUGCAAACGCCCCUGUGUGGAGACCUGCACCUGUAACGCAGGCUUUCUUUUGAGCGGAGGUCAGUGUGUCCCUGCUGCUAAGUGUGGUUGUAAGUAUGAGGGUCGAAACAUCCCUGCUGGGGAGUCAUUCUGGGCUGACCAGGGCUGUCGGCGGAGGUGUAAAUGCGUUGCUGGAAGCAGUCGCGUUGAGUGCCAGGAUAAAGGCUGCGGGGCAGGACAGCAGUGCCUGGUGGUGGAGGGCAUCAGAGAGUGCCAGGCAGUCUCCCACAGCACCUGCCAGGCUACAGGUGACCCCCAUUACGUGACCUUUGACAACAAGAAGUUUGACUUCCAGGGCACAUGUGUGUACCAACUGGCUGCACUCUGCUCCAAGGACCCAGAGUUGGUGCCCUUUGAAGUGCUGGUGCAGAAUGAUCACCGGGGCAACAAGGUGGUCUCCUACACCAAGCUGGUAGAGCUCAAGGUUCACUCCCUCAGCAUUGUCAUUACAAAGACACACAGGGGCCUGAUUAUGGUAAAUAAGGAGCUGGUCAACCUGCCUGUCACUCUGGAUGAUGGACGUGUAUCUGUGUUUAAGAGCGGCUGGUCUGCUGUGGUCAAAACAAACUUUGGCCUCAAAGUUUCCUUUAACUGGCAAGGCGCUGUGUUUGUAAAGCUGCCAAGCAACUACAUGGGAGCCGUUUGUGGCCUCUGUGGUAACUACAAUGGCAAACCCCAGGAUGAUCUGACCCCAAAGAAUGGUGAUAAACCCGUCUCACCAGCAGAUUUUGGCGUCAGCUGGCGAGUGGCAGAGAUCCCAGGAUGCGUGGAAGGCUGUAAAGGGGUGUGUCCGAAUUGUGACAUUACUCAGAAGGUUCAAUAUGAAAAAGACAAUUUCUGCGGUUUGUUGAGAGACCCCAAAGGACCGUUCCGUGACUGCCAUGCCAAAGUGGACCCAACUGGCUACUUUGAAGACUGCAUUUAUGAUGUUUGCUUGUAUAAGGGCAGAAAGGAUGUGCUGUGUCAGGCUAUUACAUCAUACACAUCUGCCUGCCAAGCUGUGGGGGCCAAGGUGUACAGCUGGAGAACCAGUCAUUACUGUGCGGUGAAAUGUCCAGUCCAUAGCCACUAUGAAGUUUGUGCACCCGGCUGUCCUGCCUCUUGCUUGAGUCUGAUCCCUCCGCAGGGCUGCGAGGCUCAGUGUGAGGAGGGCUGUUCCUGUGAUAAAGGGUUCAUCCUCAGUGGAGACCGCUGUGUUCCCUUCUCACAGUGCGGCUGCAUCUACAAUGGCCGCUACUACCGCAUCGGCCAAGUUUUUUAUCCCAAUGGGCAGUGUCAGGAGGAGUGCAAGUGCACACAAGAGGAUGAGGUUGUGUGCAAGAAGUUCACAUGUGGCCCUAAUGAGAAGUGUAAAGUGGAAAAUGGCGUGCAAAAAUGUCAUCCUGUUGGUAAGGGUGUGUGCCAUGCCUCUGGUGACCCCCAUUAUCGCUCUUUUGAUGGACGAACAUUUGAUUUCCAGGGCACGUGCACCUACACACUCUCCAAGAGCUGCGGGCUGGAAGGCACCCACCUGAAGGCCUUCAAUGUGCAGGUGGAGAACGUGCGGUGGAACAAGAUCAUGAACAACAAAAUGGUGGCUGUCACCAAGUUGGUAGCUGUGGAAGUCUACGGCUUCACUCUCGUCAUGAGGAACAACAUGUUUGGAGUCCUGGUAAAUGAAGUGUUUAACUACCUUCCUGUGAAUCUUAAUGACGGAGCAGUGCUGGUCUAUCAAGAAGGCUUGCGGUUUUCUAUUACAACAGAUUUCGGACUGAUUGUCACCUAUGAUCUGGUCUAUCACGUGACUGUCACAGUGCCUGCGAACUACCGUGGUAAGGUCUGUGGACUGUGUGGCAACUUUAAUGGUGAACAAAAAGAUGACUUCCAAAUGCCAAACCGUAAGCCUUCCAACAAUGUGAAUAUGUUUGGAAAAUCAUGGAAGGUGACCAUUCCUAAUGUGGUGUGUGAGAAUGGCUGCGAAGGGAAAAACUGUCCUGUAUGUGACGCAGCUCAAAAGGCGGUGUUUUCAAAGUCCACUUACUGCGGCAUUGUUACAGCCCCCAACGGUCCUUUUGCAGCCUGCCACAGUAAACUGGACCCACAGCCCUACUUUGCUGACUGUGUGUUUGAUGUGUGUGCUUCCAACGGCGAUGGGAAGGUGCUGUGUAACAGCAUAGCAGCCUACGCCUUCAGCUGUCACAUGGCAGGCGUGGACGUCAAAAACUGGAGGACAGCUUCCUUCUGUCCCAUGAAAUGCCCAGCCAACAGUCACUAUGAGGUGUGUGCCGACGCCUGCUCUUCAUCCUGCGCAGGCCUCACAGAGAUUGUCCAGUGCUCCAGCAGCUGUACAGAGGGCUGUGAAUGUGAUGCUGGCUUCUUAUUCAAUGGACAUGUGUGUGUUCAAGAGACAGAGUGUGGCUGCUAUGACAAUGGAAGAACGUACAAGCCUGGUGAAGUGGUGUAUGAAGAAGACUGUAACACAAAGUGCACCUGCAAUCCAGCGACAGGCAUCGUCUGUGAAAAGCAUUCCUGCCCCCAAAGCACCAAAUGCAUGGUCAAGAAAGGAAUCAGGGCAUGCUACAACACAGAUCCCUGCAUAGAUGCCAAGUGUCGAGUCAAAGAGAAAUGCCGUGUUAAGAAGGGGGAAGCUGUGUGUGUCCCCGAGUACACAGGCACAUGCUGGGCUUGGGGGGACCCCCACUACCACACAUUUGAUGGUUUUAACUUUAACUUCCAAGGCACCUGCAAGUACGUCAUCUCCAAGACCUGCGGGAAGCUGGAUGGUUUAGUGCCGUUCUCGGUCACUGAGAGGAAUGAUAAUCGUGGGAACACUGCAGUUUCUUUUGUCAGGGAAGUUGAUGUUUCUGUGUAUGGGUACAACAUCACCCUCCGCAAGAACCAAGUUGGUCGGGUCACGGUGGAUGGGGAACUGCUGAACCUUCCUGUACAACUGGGUGAGGGACAGGGCGAGGUGUCAGUGUUUCAGCGUGGUCACUCUGCAGUGGUGGAGACAGACUCUGGCUUGUCCGUGUCCUACGACUGGAACUGGGAGCUGGUCAUCAAACUGCCCAGCAGUUACUACGCCAGUGUCUGUGGUCUGUGUGGCAACUUCAACGGUAAUAACCGUGAUGAGCUCCAGAAUCCAGCCGGCAAAGCUGUCUCCUCAGUGAAAGAGUGGGGUAAGAGCUGGCAAACUCAAGACAAGGACAAGAAGCAUCCCUGCUUGGACACGUGUGAGAAAAACUGUCCUACAUGUGACAGCAACCAGAAAAAGAUCUAUGAGACUGAAGCUUUCUGUGGGGGCCUUGUAGUCAAAACCAAUAACUUGUUUAAGCCAUGUCAUGGUAAAUUGGACCCCCAGGUCUUCAUGAACAACUGUGUGUAUGAUAUGUGUUUGAAUAAGGGAGACAAAAAGAUGCUGUGCCAGGCCUUGGCCUCCUACAGUCAGCAGUGUCGUGGGGAAGGAAUAAUUAUCAAGGACUGGAGGAAAACGUUUGGCUGCCCGAUGAGCUGUCAGCGUCACAGCCACUAUGAAAACUGUGCCAGCCCAUGCCAGCCAUCCUGCCCAUUCCCUGAUCAAAAGUCGAGCUGCACUGGUGCCUGUGUGGAGGCCUGUGUCUGUGAUAAGGGUUAUGUCCUCAGCGCUGGCGUCUGUGUGCCUGCUAAAAGUUGUGGUUGCUCCUAUCAGGGCCGUUACUACAAGCCAGGGCAGCACUUUUGGGCUGAUGAGGCUUGCGGUCGCCUAUGUGAGUGUGAUACGACCCUGGGCAUGGUGACAUGCCAUGAGGCUUCCUGCUCUGCCAAGGAGACGUGCUCUGUAGUGGAUGGAGAGCGGACCUGCCGACCCAUCAGUCAUGCCACAUGCACAGCCUCAGGUGACCCGCACUAUUUGACUUUUGAUGGCCGCCGGUUUGACUUCCAGGGCACAUGUGUAUAUCAGCUGGUGGGACUGUGCUCGCAGCAGCUGGGGCUCGUGCCGUUCAAGGUGACUGUGCAGAACGACCACCGGGGAAGCAAGGCCGUGUCCUACACAAGGACUGUCACAUUUUCCAUAUAUGGCAUCACCCUCACCAUCAGCAGAGAAUAUCCCUACAAAGUCCUGCUCAAUGGGCAGCUCGCUUCGUUACCAUUAGAUUACAAUAAUGAGCUGGUCGUGUUUCUUAGUGGCGGGACAGCUGUAGUGGAGACAAACUCUGGUAUCACAGCAACCUUUGACUGGAGGAGCAAAGUGAGUGUUUCUCUGCCCAUCAACUACCAGGGCGCAGUCUGUGGCCUGUGCGGCAACUACAAUGGCAAAGCUCAGGAUGACCUGACCAUGCGGAAUGGCCAGACCAGCAAAAAUGGAGCGGAGCUGGGGGAGAGCUGGCAGGUGGCCCUGGUGCCAGGCUGCUCAUCAGUCUGCCAGGGGGCAUGGUGCCAGGCCUGCUCCGACUCCCACAGGAAAAAGUACCAAGCCCAGAAAUACUGUGGUAUAAUCGCUGACCAGGCAGGGCCUUUCAGAGAUUGUCACAGUCGUGUAGAACCUGCUCCUUACCUAGAGGACUGUGUGUAUGAUGCCUGUCAGUAUCAGGGCCACCCAGGCUCAGUUUGUGAUGCUGUGGGAUUCUAUGUCUCUGCCUGUCAGAGCCAAGGAAUCACCAUCCGCUCCUGGAGAACAGAUGCCUUCUGUCCAAUGGUUUGUCCAGCUAACAGCCAUUACACCCUGUGUGCCAUGGGCUGCCCUGCCACCUGUGCCAGUUUAACCUCCCUCACCACCUGCCGCAGGGCCUGCGCAGAGGCCUGCGAGUGUGACGAAGGCUACCUGCAGAGUGGGGAUACCUGCGUGCCUGUGAGAGACUGUGGCUGCUCCUAUGAUGGCCAGUACUACAGGAAAGGAGACGUAUUCUACCCUGAAACAGAGUGUGUGGAGCAAUGUGUCUGUGGAGAGAAUGGAGCGGUGUCUUGCCAAAAGGCCAAGUGCCGUGCAGGGCAGACCUGUAAGCUUGUAAGCGGAGUGAAAGGCUGCCACCCUGAGGGGCUGGGCAAGUGUGUGGCUUCCGGUGACCCUCAUUACAUUUCCUUUGAUGGAAAGAGGUUUGAUUUCCAGGGUACCUGUGUCUACAUGUUGGCUAAGGUUUGUGACGAUGACAAUGGCCAGCUGACGCCAUUCAGCGUAACUCAGGGGAAUGAGAAGUAUGGAAAUGGAAAAGUGGCCGUUACCAAGUCUGUUGCAGUGACAGUCUAUGGUUAUGUCAUUUACAUCCAACAGAAAGUGCCAUGGAAAGUUACUGUGGAUGAUGAAGUCCUAAACCUUCCUCUCUACCUGGACAAUGGGCAUCUCAGUGUCACUCAGGAGGGUCGCAACAUAAUAGUCCGCACAGACUUUGGACUGACAGUCCUGUAUGACACUGUCUAUUAUGUUGAGGUGAUCGUGCCUUCUACAUACCAGGGAAAGAUGUGUGGUCUUUGCGGCAACUACAACAAAAACAAAGGUGAUGACUUCAGACUUCCUGGUGGCAAACAAACAAACAGCGUUGAUGACUUUGGAAAGUCAUGGGUGGUGGACAUGCCAGGCAAUCUGUGUGGGGGCUGUGGAGGCCAGUGCCCAGUAUGUGAGCAGACCAAGGCCACAUUGUAUGAAAAAUCUGACUCUUGUGGCUUCAUGAGUGCACCUGAUGGUCCUUUUAAAGCCUGCCACAGUAAGAUUGACCCAGCGGGAUAUGUGUCUAAUUGUGUAUUUGAUGUUUGUGCUAUGGGUGGCAACAAAGAUAAUUUAUGCAACAGUAUCCAGGCCUAUGCUUUGGCCUGCCAGAGCAAAGGAGUGAAAAUCCAGCCAUGGAGACGCAGCUCCUUCUGCCCUGCUUCCUGCCCUGCACACAGUCACUAUGAGGUGUGUGCCGACACCUGUGAUGGGUCCUGUGCCAGCUUUAUUUACCCGUUUACUUGUUAUGAAAGCUGCUUUGAAGGAUGCCAAUGUGACGCCGGCUUUGUUUUUGAUGGCAUGCAAUGUGUUCCCUUGGACAACUGUGGAUGUGUGCACAAUGGCAGAUAUCUCACGGUGGGCCAAGCUGUUGUGGACAAAGCCUGUACGUCCAAGUGUGUUUGCCAGGCCUCUGGGGUGGUGAACUGUGAGAAGCUGUCCUGUGCCAGUGGAGAGGUUUGUGGUAUAAGAGAUGGAGUCAUGGGUUGCCACGUCAAACAGGGCCACUGCAGCAUCAGCCAAGUUGGCUUCCUCACCUCCUUUGAUUCCAUGUCUGGAGCGAUAGGAGCUCAAGGGGCUUUUGAAAUGGCUGCUCUGUGCGACGAGAUCGACGAGCUGUGGUUCCGUGUGGUUGUGGACGCCAGGGUCUGUAGCAAGGGUGCAUCUCCUGCUGUCGCCACCUUGUAUGUGUUCUUUAAGGAAACAGCUGUUGCAGUAAACAGCCAACAUGUGACCUGGGUAAAUGGCAGGAAAGUGUCUCUUCCCAGCAAAGUGACGAGUGACAUAUCUGUCCACAUCUCAGAGAAGACUGUGAUCAUUGAGAGGGCAUCUGCUGUACGGCUCACCUACUCACUUUCACAGGAGGUCACAGUCAUUAUUGACAGUAGCCUGUCUGGUAAAAUGUGCGGCGCCUGUGGCAAAUACAACAACAACAACAACUCCAAAGAUGAUAUGAGAACUGCAGAUGGGAAAAUCACCACUGAUGUGUCUGUUGUUGUUGGCUCCUGGAGCGCUGGGGACUUUUCUAGAUGUGGUCUGUAGAGAUGUUGGUUCUGCGUUGAUGGAAAGCAUCUUGUUUAAAGGAUGAAGAAUUUUGAUGAAGUCCUUUGGUGAAGGUUUCUUGUUUUAAGCCGGUUUAACUCAUCAUACUUCAAUACUUCCCUUUUAUUCAUGAAAUUAUUGUGGUUGUUUACUGGUCGUCUGCUCCUCUAUUGUUCGGUUUGGGGUAGAAUAUUUUUUGUUGAAUCCUGACCAACAUCUCCAUCUAGCGGAAAAGGAAAUUAUAGCAUCUAUUUUCCAUAGAACAACCUGGAGCAACUGUCUUUUUAAACUGUCCUUUCCUUGUUUUAAAAAAUGUGUUUUAUUAAUCAAUAAAUACAUUUUCAUUACACUG